AUGAAUUUCUCUUGAGUGCCCCAAAGAUCUUUGUAAGAAGAAACAAGUUCAACUUCCCUUUGUGCAUUAUCGAAUCAGAUUUUCAUUUGAAUUACAUGGCUUCCCAACCCAUUCAUUAUAACGUGGGACAAUGGGUGGAAGAAAACGAAAAGUAUUUCCUCCCGCCUAUUUGCAACAAAAUGAUGCAUAAUGCCCAGCUCAAGGUGUUCUACGUGGGGGGACCAAAUCAGCGAAAAGAUUAUCAUUUAGAGGAAGGAGAGGAGCUUUUCUACAUGAAGAAGGGCGACAUGUGUCUCAAGAUCCUAGAACAUGGCGCUUUCAAAGACAUUCACAUCAAGCAAGGACAGGUAUUUCUGUUACCGGGGAAAAUUCCACACUCACCUCAAAGAGAUGCUAACACAGUGGGAUUGGUGAUUGAGCGCGAACGACUCCAAAUUGAAACCGAUGGAUUGAGAUAUUUCAUAGAGGACGGAUCCACCGUCUCCUUAUUUGAAAAAUGGUUCUAUUGUGACGAUUUGGGUUCACAGUUGGGACCAAUUAUUAAAGAGUUCUUUGGAUCAGAGCAAUUCAAAACAGGCAAACCCAUUCCUGAAGAAAUGCUCAAGAAUCCCCCUUGGACUCCGGACGAAACUCGGUCAGUGGAAAUGCCAUUCGACCUAAUGACCUGGGUCAUGAACCACUUUGAAGAGAUCCAACAGAAAGAUCACGUGCGCCUUUUUAGCGAUUCCUACCAGAGUGAUGUUCUCCUUUGGGGACGAGGACCAGGUUCAAGGCCGUUAAAUACACAAGGUGGAGAAACCUUUCUAUGGCAAUUGAAGGGCGAGAGUCGAUGCAAUGUCGGAGGCCGAGAUAUCAUCCUAAACGAGGACGAUACUCUCCUCGUUCCUAUGGAGGCUGUGGUCUAUCUCACUUCAGGGGAAGGGGCCGUCACCAUGACCACUAAAAUGGACCCCAAUAACAAAUCGCGCGCUUUUCCUUGAUUAGCCCUGAUGAUUCGGUAGUACCUUUGAAAUACAUACAUGGAUGAUUCAA